UAUGUUUUGUGUAAUAUAAUUCCACGCCGUUUUACUCGAUGCAAACUAUUCAAACGAAAGUCUGCAAAGGGCAUAAAGAAUAUUAUGCACAGGGCAUCAAUUUUAUGCUUGACCUUGUCGGGGUCAAUUUGAGGCAAAUGAGUGGUCAAUUGGUCAGACCACAAGGCCCCACUUUAUAGCCAUUUCAAACAUCCCGUCAUGGCUACCCAAGAUCCCUUCCUUGUUGUGAAAAAAGAAGUAGAAGGUUCCCUCGACAAUGCCACAGCUUUGUUCGAUUCCUGGAAGAGAAUUUACAACACGGUGUCUUCGCCAAGCAAUGAAGAAUUAAUGUGGACGGCAGACGAACUUUCCUCAUCGCUGGAAGCCAUCAACCAAGAUUUAGACGACUUGCAGGAAUCUAUUGCUGCUGUACAAGCUCAUCCUGAAGCUUUCAACUUGUCCGGCUCUGAAGUACAAUCACGUAACAACUUUAUUACACGAACGCGAAACACUGUACGGGAAAUGGAAGACACGAUAAGAAAUCCACCUCGAAAGGCAUCACCAAGAAACAAUCAGGGUUCGUCAUCUCGGCACCUUCCUGGGGAAUACGACGCAAGCCCUUUUGCGGAUGAAAAUCAACGAUAUAUUGACAACGCAAGUGGGCAACAAGCGAUGAUGAUGCAAGACCAGGAUACACAAUUAGAUUCUAUCUCUGGUACAUUGCAUAACUUGAAAGAUAUUGCAGGGACGAUGCACCAGGAAGUGGAAGAUCACGUUGUCCUAUUAGAUGAACUGGACCAACAUGUGGAUAUGUCCUCCAACAGACUUGGGCGAGCCAUGAAUCGUGUCAAGCACAUAUUACGGAAAGAAGAAGGUAAAUAACCGCAUAUUACGGUGGAUUUGGUGUAGGAAAUCCUCAUCCUCACCACGUAUUUCAAAUGUCAUACAGAAUCAAAAUCCGGUUAUUGUGUGUGCUGCCUGAUCCUUGUGCUGAUCAUCUUGCUUAUUCUGGUUAUCACCAUCUGAAGCGCUUCUCGCAAACAGUACAUACCCCCCCCCUCUCCUCUAAACAUCGUGCCACUGUAAUAUUAUUCUUGUGCGGCAAAUAAUACACCUCUAUACGUUGGAAUAUUCUACCUCAUAAUCUUUGCAUGGACCAUAUAGAUAUCCGUGACAGCUGACCAA